GUAUGGGAAGCAAAUAUAUUUAAGAAGCUGGGUCUGUAGUGAAUGAAAGGCUUUAGAAGGAGGAUUAAGGAAUACCUAAACUAGGUUUCACCCGUAGGAAUUCAAACUUUGGAGGGAAGAGAAAAGAAAGAUCAUUGGAGGCUAAAGACAGCAGUGAGAAAAAGAGACUGAGCAAAUUUAAGGCUCGAAUUUGCUAUAGUUCUUAGUAAUCUUCAAUAGUUUGCUCUUGAGAAUCCCAAACCCACACAAGAAAGGAAUGUCCUCUGACAAAAUGCCAACCAUAACUCUCUGUUCUCUGGUCUGGCUCCUCAUCUUCACCCUUACCUUCACCAGUCACCCUGCAUCACCAGAAAAGCCCCCAAAGCGCAAGACACCUGCCCAACUCAAGGCUGCUACGUGCUGCGAGGAAUCGAAGGGACUGAAGGCCCAGAUUGCCAAUCUGACUAGUUUGCUAGAGGUCUUGAGCAAAAAGCAGGAGAGCGACUGGGUCAAUGUGGUAAUGCAGGUAAUGGAGCUAGAAAGCCACACCAAGCAGAUGGCCACACGUCUCACGGAAGCUGAGAGCAAGUUCUCACAACUGAAUAACCAGAUUGACAUGAUGCAGCUCCAGGCAGCCCAGACAGUCACCCAGACCUCAGCAGAUGCUGUCUAUGAUUGUUCCUCACUCUACCAGAAGAAUUACCGCAUCUCUGGAGUGUAUAAGCUCCCUGCUGAUGAGUUCCUGGGAAGCCCUGAGCUGGAGGUAUUCUGUGACAUGACAACUUCAGGUGGUGGCUGGACUGUUAUCCAGAGACGGAAGAGUGGUCUUGUCUCUUUCCACCGUGACUGGAAGCAAUAUAAAGUGGGUUUUGGCAACAUUCGCGGGGAUUUCUGGCUGGGGAAUGAAAACAUCUACCGGCUGUCCAGGCGCCCAACUACUCUCCGAGUGGAAAUGGAGGACUGGGAAGGUGACGUACGCUUCGCUGAGUAUAGUCACUUCACCUUGAGCAAUGAACUGAAUAGUUACCGUCUCUUUGUGGGGAACUACAGUGGCAAUGCAGGACGGGAUGCUCUCCUUUAUCACAACAACACAGCCUUCAGCACCAAGGACAAGGACAAUGACAAGUGCUUAGACAACUGUGUCCAACUCAGAAAAGGUGGAUACUGGUAUAAUUGCUGCACAGACUCCAACCUUAAUGGGAUUUAUUAUCGCCAUGGCGAGCAUAAUCAGCACCCAGAUGGCAUCACCUGGUAUGGCUGGCAUGGCUCUAGCUACUCCCUCAGGAAGGUGGAGAUGAAGAUCCGCCCUGAAGACUUUGUACCCUAAAAAGUAGCUUGUACUAUAAGAGGGAUACAGAAGUUCUAAGAGACAAAUAAGGCUGGGGUGGGGCAUCAAUAAGGUAGUAGAGUAGGGGUAGGGAUGGGAAAUCACCUUGUAAUCAAGCACCAAUGAAAUCACUCAUUUCAUCUAGAAAAGUACAAGUUUGUUAGGCUCAGCCAGAGACCAGCAUAACAUUAACAAGAUCAGUCCCAGCAUUGGGAGGGACAGCAGGUAGGGAGAGGCAUUUAAAACUCUUAGGGCAUUCUUCUCAUUGGGUCAAAACUGGCUUAGUUUAGCCUGGGCCUUCUGAACCAGCAGCCGCUUCAAAGGUAUCCUGUGGUUACUCUUGUCCUUCAUGAUUUAUGUUUCAGGAGAAAAUCAUCAGGAGUUAGUACCUUAUGCUUUCUCCAGGGCCAUGAUUAAGUGAAGACAGAAAACAAAUCUCUUGCAAAAAUGAACUGUAUUAUUUCAGAUCUCAGGAGAGAUACCAAGGUUGGGGAUAAGGUGAGGAUGGCAAAGAGUUUCUAUUUCAAAACCCAAUGAAAUUGCUUUUGGACUCAGAGAUUCUUUAACAGAGUAAUAGUUCUGUUGAAAGUGAGCAACCCUAUGUCUUAGUUGCUCAGAGAAAACUCCAGGGAAUUGGACCUUUCUAUCAGAGUGUCUCAGCAUCUCACCUUCCUGCCCUCAGUCAUAGUAGAGUACAAAAAAGAAUGAGGUACAUAGAGUGAUUCCAAGUAAGAACUGGAGAGAAGAUGCAUAAGUCAUUAUUAGAAGCUCUCAUAAGACUAAGUGGGAAUCAAAGAAUUGCACAAAGGUACACAGGAUGCUGGCAAGGAAUUUCACCAUAGUCCAAUGGAUAUCCAAGCAAUCUGAGCCCAGACAUUUAAUACAGAAAGAUCUAUUCUCAUUCUUUAAAACUAAGUAGCAAGAAUUAUAGUCAGAGAACUUUAAAAUUAGAAGGGAUCUUAGAAAUUAUCUAGAAACUUCCAGUUCUGAAAUUCUGGUUCUAGUCUGAGGCCCUUUUUCCAGGUAGUUAGGAAACUAAGGCCAUGAGAGAUUAUGUAACUUGUCCAAAGUUCCCAGGCUAUCACUUAAGUCUACAAAAAUCCCAAGAAAAAUUGGAAAGCUGAGCAACUAUUUUAUCAUUUCAUAUCACAAUUAUACUAAAGCAAAAAGAUAGGAAGAGCUCUGGGGAGAGAAGGAAGUAGACAGAUUUUUAAAGUUCUACGAGAACCCCAAACAGUUAAAUGUUCCAUAAUGCCAUAAUUUUUCUAUCUUUACCUCAAAACUGUCAUUUUAAAAGUAUUUUUAAAAGCAUGCACACAUGCAUGUGCACACAAACUUGGGAGAACAUAUUGUUUUGAUUUAGGACUUCACACUGCAGUGGAGCUGACAAAAAGGACAAUAUCAUUAAAAAUAACCACCAUGGUUACAAGCCAAUGAGAAUUAUGGAACCUUGAUAUUGGAGGGAGAAAGAAAGCUUAAGUUAAUUCACUGUACUUAAGUCAUUUGUAAAUAGCAAGUUUGGUUCUUGGAUGUGAUCUUUGUUUUUAAUUUAAAUGUUACUGGCUUGGAAACAAUGCUAAGCAAUUAACAGGUUGAAAUCACAGUAUAUUUUAUUUUCUUAGAUGGGGGAUCCAAAGAGUGAACUCAGAUCUCUUCAGAAAACAGACUCAUUACCUAAAAAUGUUAAUAGUUAAUAUAUCUAUCUUUGUUCAUUUUGUAAGAAAAGGGAUCAAAUGGGGGCCUGACUCUAAUAAUAGUAGCUGAAGGAUGGAGAAGGAUGGCAUCAUGGCUCAUUCUGUAUAUAGGCACCUGACUUUGUAAAAACUUCAUUUUGUGUUUGAAAUGUUUAAUGUUUCAAUAUUUUUUCUGUCUCUGCAAUAAACUUUUAAAUCCA